AUGCCUAGCUCAUUGUCAAAGGUUGCAAGCUGGUUUGGGCUGGAGGUAGUACAUGUCGUGGUCAUCCGCCGAUCGCGUCACGGGGAUCUACGUCUUAUUCAGUCUACAUUUCCUUCGGACCAUCCUACGAAUAUUACCCUGACGCUCGAGGAGGAAGAGGCGCUUAUCCAAAGAAGACAAUCAGACGGCCUGCCAGAAAAGGGUAGCGAAAUGACGGUCGCUACAUACCAUUGCGGAGGAAUGGACUAG